AUGGCGGCUAACGAUAGAGCAUUUGCCUCUGGCACGUCUCCCAACGCAGACGUACGAAGGAGAAACGUCCCAGGCGCAGAGAAAAACAAUGCCAAUGUUCCAAUUCCAAGCAUCGAAGUUGACGGGAAGAAGUUGACGGAAAAGUCCCCCUCCUUCUUUGAGAUACUCGAUGACCUGGAAGUGUUCAUUGCUCCGUUGAUUUUCACGGCUCUCGCCUGCUUCACCCGUUUGUGGCGCAUCGGUCUUUCGGAUAUCGUGACGUGGGAUGAAGCCCACUUCGGGAAAUUCGGCUCAUACUACAUCAAACGAGAAUUCUACUUCGAUGUGCACCCUCCGCUGGGCAAAAUGCUCAUUGGAUUGUCGGGUUACCUGGCUGGUUAUAACGGGUCCUUCGAGUUCAAGUCUGGCGAAAAAUACCCAGAGGAAGUGAACUACACCUUCAUGCGUAUUUUCAACGCUUUCUUUGGCAUCAUGUGCAUUCCGCUGGCUUAUUAUACUGCCCGAGAGUUGAGAUUCCGCCGUCCAACCGUCUGGCUUAUUACUCUAAUGGUACUUUGCGAAAACUCAUACGCCACGAUUUCGAGGUUCAUCCUUUUGGAUUCGAUGCUUCUCUGCUUCACCUUUACUACUACUCUCUGCUGGGCACGAUUCCACCGGCUUCGGCAUGAGAGCUUUUCUCCAGAGUGGUAUAUCUGGCUUAUCUUGACCGGGUUGAGCAUUGGAUGUGUCUGUAGUGUUAAAUGGGUUGGAUUGUUCUGCACUGCAUUGGUCGGACUCUAUACAGCUGAGGAUCUCUGGCACAAAUUUGGCGAUCUAAAGAUGCCAAAGACAGUUCUUGCUCACCACUUGGGGGCUCGUGUUUUCGGUCUGAUUAUUGUGCCAUUCUUGGUAUACAUGUUCUCGUUUUACAUCCAUUUCCUGGUCCUUGAGAAUUCCGGCACUGGUGAUGCCCAGAUGAGCUCGUUGUUCCAGGCCAACUUGAGAGGUACGAACGUCGGGAAAGACAGUCCUCUUGAGGUUGCCAUCGGAUCGAAAAUCACCUUGAAGAACAUGGGAUACGGAGGUGGUCUGUUACAUUCUCACGUUCAAACUUAUCCUGAAGGCUCAGGUCAACAGCAAGUCACCUGCUACCACCACAAGGACUCUAACAACGAUUGGUUCAUCUACCCAAACCGCACUCAGCCGAACUAUGACCCAGAAGGCCCAAUCACUUUUAUCGGCAAUGGAGACGUUAUCCGCCUCAUCCACGCCCAGACAGGCCGCAACUUGCACUCUCACGCGGUCGCUGCCCCGAUUACGAAGUCGCAUUAUGAAGUAUCUGCCUACGGAAACACCACUGUCGGUGACUCCAAGGAUCACUGGACCAUCGAAAUCGCCAAGGAUGUCUCGUCAAGGGAUAAGUCAAGGGUCAGAACUCUCACUACCGCGCUUCGUUUACGUCACACUGUCCUAGGCUGUUAUCUCAGAGCAGGCGGCGUAAGCUUGCCCCAGUGGGGUUUCAAGCAAAUCGAGACUACUUGCGUCAAAGAGAACAGGCCGCUAGACGUGUAUACUCACUGGAAUAUCGAGUCGCACGUAAAUGAGAAGCUUCCGCCAAGUGAACCUGGCACUUACAAGUCCCCAUUCCUGAAGGACUUCAUCCAUCUGAACGUUGCAAUGAUGACAUCCAACAAUGCUCUUGUCCCAGACCCAGAUAAGCAAGAUGACCUUGCAUCCAAAUUCUGGCAAUGGCCAAUCCUUAACGUUGGACUCCGAAUGUGUUCCUGGGAUGAUAAUGUCGUCAAGUAUUUCCUUCUUGGAAACCCGUUUGUCUACUGGGGCAGCACACUGAGCCUGGGUGUUUUCGGUCUGCUCGUUCUUUGGUAUCUGCUUCGCUGGCAACGCGGUUAUGACGAACUGAGCAUGAAGGACAUCGACCACAUCCACUAUUCCGGUGUUUACCCCGUCGUGGGCUGGUUCCUCCACUACCUCCCUUUCAUGAUUAUGGCCCGUGUUACCUAUGUCCACCAUUACUACCCGGCCUUAUACUUUGCUAUUUUGACAAUGGCUUUCUGUAUCGAUUGGUUCACUCAGAAGCUUAACCGAAAGGUUGAGUGGGCCGUCUACUCUGUCCUCUACAUCGCUGUUAUCGCACUGUUUAUCGUUUUCAAGGACAUCGUAUUUGGAAUGCAAGGAUCGAACGAGCAGUGGAAGAGCCUUAACUGGUUAAGCAACUGGAAGAUCGCCAACCGAUAA